GGGAAAUUUAAAGGUAUGGUCAGCCCUAAAGUUGGGAUUUUUAAGAAUUGCUUAAGAGGGAGAGGUACGUGUGAUCUUUCGGGUAUUGCACUGUGUAGUUUGGUCAGAAACUCAUAUCUCGAUUUUUUUUUUAUUCUAUAGUUCGCUGAAAACUAGCUAAGAUGUCAGUUUCCAACGAGAACGCUUGUGUUCGCUUGAACAAAUUCAAGAACAAGGGGAAGGAUGCGAGCGAAAUGAGACGAAGGCGAAUGGAAGUCAAUGUCGAACUAAGAAAAGCUAAAAAAGACGAACAGAUAUUUAAAAAAAGAAAUGUUAGCAGCUUUCCCGACGAGGCGACCUCUCCACUUCAAGAGAAAAAUUCGAACAUGCAGACUUCUGCUCUAUGGCCACUGGAUGAAGUUAUCAAAAAUGUGAACAGCAAUAACCUGGAAUUUCAGCUUCAAGCUACUCAAGCUGCAAGGAAACUUCUAUCAAGAGAGCGUCAUCCUCCCAUCGAUGAUAUGAUUGAGGCUGGUUUGAUUGCCAAGUUUGUGUCCUUCUUGAGCAAGUCUGAGUGUAGCCCUAUUCAGUUUGAGGCAGCUUGGGCAUUAACAAAUAUUGCUUCUGGUACAUCAGAACAAACUGAAGCUGUUGUUGAAGGGGGUGCCAUACCAGCUUUUAUAUCCUUGUUGACCUCUCCCCAUCCCCAUAUAAGUGAACAGGCUGUUUGGGCUUUGGGAAAUAUUGCAGGUGAUGGUUCCCACUACAGAGACCUGGUUAUUAAAUGUGGUGUUCUUGAACCUCUUCUUGCUCUCCUUGCUGUGCCUGAGCUCUCCUCUCUAUCUCCUGGAUACUUGCGCAAUAUUACAUGGACUUUGUCUAACUUGUGCCGAAAUAAGAAUCCAUCACCACCUUUGGCAGCUGUCCAGCAGAUGCUUCCAACAUUGCUUCGACUUGUACACCAUGACGACAAAGAAGUUUUGGCAGAUGCAUGCUGGGCUGUUUCUUAUCUCACAGAUGGCACAAAUGACCGAAUAGAUGAGGUUGUGAAAACUGGAAUUGUGCCUAGACUUGUUCAGCUCCUUCGAUGCAAUGAAUUGUCAAUAGUGACUCCAUCCUUGAGGGCAAUUGGUAACAUCGUAACUGGUACUGAUGAACAAACUCAAGUAGUUCUAGAAGCUGGUGCCUUGUCUGCUUUUCCAUCUUUGCUAAGUCAUCACAAAAACAAUAUCCAGAAGGAGGCUGCAUGGACUAUAUCAAACGUUACUGCUGGCAGGGAGACGCAAAUUCAGCAGGUCAUAGACCAUGGAAUAGUCCCAUAUCUAAUAGAAAUUCUUAGAAAGGGUGACUACAAAACUCAAAAGGAGGCUGUCUGGGCUGUGACAAAUUACACCAGUGGUGGGACAGUUGAACAGAUGAUACACCUGGUUCAGUGUGGAGUAGUAGAGCCCUUGUUAAACCUACUCACUGUGAAAGAUAGUAAAAUUCUUCAGGUCAUUUUGGAUGGAAUCACUAAUCUCUUUGCGGCUGCUGAAAAAAUAAAUGAAGCUGAUAAACUUUGUUUAAUGGUUGAGGAAUGUGGGGGACUGGAUAAGAUUGAAGCUCUUCAGACUCAUGAAAAUGAAAUGGUCUACAAGGCUGCACUAAAUAUCAUAGAAAAGUAUUUCUCAGAAGAGGAGGAAGAUGAUCAGACUGUUGCACCAGAGUCAACAUCAGAAGGGUACACAUUCCAAGUCCAAGAUGCACAAGAUUCUUUCAAUUUCUGAGGACACUAUCUUGCACAAGCAAGCUUUCAUCUGUCAUUUCAUUCUGUACUUGGCACUUUCUUCACUGAUUUAUACUUGAACUGUUUCUAAAAAUGUAUAUGUGAAAUGUACUGUGAACACUUGUAUCGUCUCUCUCUAUGUAUCUGUGUGAAAUGUGUAAAUAAAAUACUUUUUUAAAGUUAA